AUGGAACCCACCCACUUUCCCUACGACGUCGUCUCAGCAUUCAAGCGCGGAGAGGUUCAGUCAGAUUGUGCGACUGUGAUUUGGGGACAUGUAUAUCCUUUUGUCGUUGAGACGAUGCUAUUCACUUUUGAACUUGUUCUAGCAGGAAACAUCGUCUGGAAACAUAGGACAAACCUCAAGACAGCCUCACGUCACGACAUCUGUCUGGUAUCGGUCACCGUCGCGAUGCUCGGUUUAUUAUCGGCCUACUGGGCCGUCGACAUGUACAAGCUUCUCGGACUUGCAACACCGACGCUCAACGACCAUGGCGUCGCGCUCGCCCAUCUCGUCAUAGCUUACUCAAUUUUCUUACUCGGAGACUGCAUAGUGCUGUGGCGCGCCUACGUUCUAUACGGUCGACCUCGUUGGCUCAGAAUAACAACCAUCGUCUUGGCGGUCGUGUUCACGGGGCAAUAUAGCGCCUUCGCGGCGCUCCAACUUCCGCUACUCGGGCGGAUAGCUAACAUAGGACCCAACCUGAUUGCCACGCUGUUGAUCGCGUACAAAACCUGGGCACAUUGGAGGGAUGUUCGCCGCUUCUCCGGUGAUUCCGACGCUCUCGCAAUCCUACUCGUCAUCAUCGAAUCUGGCUUCUUCUACUCUGUCAUGCCGAUAUUGGAGGCUGUCCUGGCUCUCGUGAUCAGCGCCGCUACCGCACAUUGGUUUGCUUGCAUACUCACGCCGCUCUUUGCGAUGUAUCCGACACUGGUGGUCGUGCUCGUAAGAACCCGGCGAACGAUGCUUGAGCGCAGCGCAAUAGCCUCGUGUGCCGCUGAAACUAUGCAGUGGGAGGUACACGUACCUGACAGCGAGCGAGGUCGUGAGGAUUCACGACCACAUUCGAGCUCCUGA